AUGUCUGUGGUGGAACCGAGCACGAACGGCAAGGCCACCAUGGCUGGGUUGUCGAGGGGGCCGGGGGGUGGAGGGGAUGGCGCCGUAGAGCAGGAAAACGUUCAGGAAACAUUGGCCAAGUUCAAGAGGUUGCUGUCGCUCGCCCGGCGAAGCAUCGAGGAGAACCAGAGGCAGAUCACGGAGAAGGACGGUCAGCUCGCAGCGUUGCGAGAAGCGCUGGGUGCCGCGGAGAACGCACGCCGAAGAGACGACGAACACGGUGGAGCCACGCCGCUGCAGCUACUCCGGCGGGUUCGCGAGGGAGGCAUGUGGUGGCUGCUGGUGGAGUACGACGACGAGUACGAGACUCAGGGCUGGAAGGGCUUCGCGGACGAGGCUGCCGUCUCCGAGUUUGCCAACAGCGUGAACGUGGGGGAGCCGCUCGAAAUUCCUCCGGUGUCGCUGUCACCGGAAGAGUCGGCGACGGUGCUUGAAGACGCCCGCAAGCAAGUGGCGAGCAUCCGCGAGGAGUACCGCAAGUUCAGGGUCAAGUCGGAGCUAGGGAGGAAGCAGCGGGAGGCCGAGAUCCGGCAGGUGUCCGCCGAGAGCAUCGCCGAGAAGCAGCGGCGCAUCUCGGGGCAAGGCGCGGCGGUCGACAAGGAGCAGGUUCACGCGCUGGAGGACGAGCUGCAGCGGGUUAGGGACGAGCUCACGGACAAGGAGGAGAGCUGGAGACAUGCGUACCAGAAACAGGUAAAGGAGAUCGAGGUGCUCAAGAGAGAGGGGGGCGACACCGCGCUUGCCGCCCAGUGGCGGCAGCGCUACGAGAAGCUCAGCUUGGAAAAGGAAGAUGCCGUGGCGAAACUGGACAUGUUCAAGGGCGAUGGCGGAAGCGGCUCCGGCGGGGGCAGGGGGGGGGCAGGGGGGGGCCAGGGCGAGGCCGUGGCAUCACUGAUGAAGAAAUACCAGGACCUCAAGGAGGAGUACCGCCUCUACCGAAAGAAAGCCAUGCAUGCGAUACAGGGCGCAGGAGCAGCCGGCGGCGGGGGGGGGGGGAGUUUAGAAUUGCAGGACCCCAAGCUUCAGUAUCUGAAGAACCUGAUGCUCAAGUACCUGGGGACGGAUGAGGGGGAAGCCCGCGAGCACAUGGAGCGCGCGAUCGCGACGGUGCUCCAGUUUUCGGAGCAGGAGCGACAAGACCUGAAGGAAGCAAGACAAGCGCAGACCGUAGCGUGGAUGUCGAACUUCACGGGCAUGUUCGCAGGGAGCGCCACGGCAGCGGGGGGUGGGGGGGGCGCCCAAUCGUCGCCAGCAUCACCGGCAGUGGCCGCAGGAGGGGGAGCCAGACGAAUGAGCGGCGGCGGCGCAAUCGCAUGACCAUGUUUCAGGCCCAGUUUUUGUUUUUAUUGUGGUGUCUUGCAAGAAAACCGUUUUCAUUUUUGACGGGAAAAAAAAGGUUUUUUGGGGGUCCUGGGUGGAAGCAUCGUCGAAGGAAGGCCCGUGCCCAGAUGGUGGUGACAAGCUUGUCACGCCGAGGGCGGUUUUUAGCGGAAUUGUUUUGGCGAUGCAGCAAGAGAGUUGGCAGGCUAGUUGGGUAGGGGACACCUUCGUAUCAUCCCCGGGUUUUGCCUCUUGGUGGUCCUGCCGUGGGUGACCACGUGGAAUGGGCCGGACUUAUAGCUAGUGGUUUUUGAUGUGUGAAAGCGCUGCGACUUUUUGUCGUUGAUUGUGUCGCGAGGUUUACUAGGGCUGCGUCUCGAGAAAACUCGAUUGGUUUGAGACGGGUCUCGCUUACGACCCGGACGGGAUUGAAUGGGGCGUGCAAGGAUAACCGCACCUUUGUUUUGAUCGGACCGUGUUGUACCCAAGAUGAAAAAGAGAGCUUUAAUAACAUAUAAUUGCCUUCAGCUGUCUUUCCAGGUAUAUACCGCAGACAGAACGUUGCUAGAUGCCGAUAAUUGGAGCGGAGAGCAACUGCUUUGAACGAAAGCUCGCCGGCUCCGUCUUCUUCAAAGUUCACUCGUUAUCUACCUACGUUCUUCGUAUUCGUAUCUAUGUUUGGUGCGUUCUUGUUGGCCCUUUCUCUGGAAGAUUACGAGAAGUCGCCGCGUUGGUAGACCAGUGCAAGCAGCAAUACGGUGGGGCAGGCAAGCACGAAAUGG